GACGUUUUUCCAGCUCUAUUCACCAGCUGCGAUCCAAAACAAAAAUAUUUGGCGUUGAAUUAACUAUUUGGCAAAUUUCGCACGGAACAUCUGACGAUUAACCGGCUUCGAAAUGUCUGCCCUGCGACGCGAUGUGUCGCCUUUGCUCCAGCGCCUGCGGGCAUUCCUCUUGGGCCGUGAGCACAAUCUGGCCCUGCGCUUCGAGGACGGUCUGGCCGAUCGCACCCAGCCACAGCCGGAGCUUCCGGAUGGACCCUCGCACCUGCUAUCGGCCAACUACUACUGCCAGCGCGAUGGCCGUCGCGAGGUGAAUCCACCCAUUGACCUGGUGGCGCAGCUGAAGCAGCUGGAGGCAGAGUCCGGCGGAGCGGCGAAGGCGGCACCCACCGCCCAGCUGCCCACUCCGGGCAAGGUCUACGCCUGGGAUUGAUUCGCCUUUUGGGCGUGAGUCCCCUUGUAUCUUUUUUUUUUUGUGUUGACUUGUAAGCUGAGCGAGUUAAAGCUAAUAUAGAACCCAUUCAAAACGAAA